AUGAAGACCGCCCGGCUGCGCUGCGGCCAGCAGUAUGACCGGCAGAUCUCGCUGACGCUGCGCGCGCUGCAGUUCGCCACGUGCGCGGUGGCGCUGGCGCUCGUGGCCGCCAGCUUCGAGGCGCGCAAGAUCACGCUGCACGUCGAGGGCGGCGCGCCGCAGGAGGUGACCGUGUACUACGGCGGGCCGGCCGUCAACUUCGUGCUCGUCGUGUCGUUCGCCGCCGUGCUGUACGGCGGCUUCUUCCUGCUGCUGGUCUUCGGGCUGCGCUGCGCCAGCAUGCCCGCGCCCUGGAGCUUCGGCGUGGACGCCGUCUUCACCAUGCUCUUCAUGAGCGCCGGCUGCGCGCUGGCCGCGUGCGACUACGUGCGCUACUGCGACGCGCUGGGCGGCGUGGUGCGCUGCGCGCUGCUGGCGUCGGCCGCAGCGCUGUGCUUCAUGGCCUUCGUGAGCUUCCUGCUGAGCGUGGCGUGGGGCGCCUGGAUGCGCAACACGUGGGUCAAGCCCCCGGCGAAGGACCCGCUGCGCCAGGUCACGCGCAAGGAGCUCAACACGGACCCGGUGCUGGCCGAGAUGGAGCUGGACGUCGAGCGCGCCGCCACGUACGACUCCAGCACGUACAUCCAGGACGGCUUCAGACGGGCAUGA